UACAAGUUGAGAUUAGAAGCAUCUGGAAAGCGAGCCAACUCGCGGCUCUCGACGAACCGCACCUUCACCUAACCAUCAAAAAGUACAAAAUUGCCAAACAAAAGCUAUGGCAUUUUUAAGGUCGCUGACCCCUGCCACUGCCAUAGCCGCUGCCUCUGCCUCUGCUCUGCCUGCCGCCUUUGUUUUCUCUUCUUCUUUUUCUUCUUCUUCUUCUUCUUCCUCCUCCUCUUCUCGCAAUUCUUCUCAUUUCCCCAACGCAAAAAGCCUCCCUUUCCUCUCUUCACCACCCAAUCGCUUAGGCCUUAUAAGGAACUUCGCGACCUCUCCCAUUGCUCUUAACAUGGAUUCACCCUCAUCUAAUCACAACCCAUCUCAGGAAAAUGGGUCCUUGCCUGACCUUCUUACUGAGUAUAUGGUGGAUAUGAAGUGUGAAGGUUGUGUUACUGCGGUCAAGAAUAAGCUGCAAACAGUUGAUGGAGUCAAGAGUGUGGAAGUUGACUUGAGCAAUCAAGUGGUGAGAAUACUUGGUAAUUCGCCUGUGAAAACUAUGAAUGAAGCAUUGGAGCAGACUGGUCGAAAAGCUAGAUUAAUAGGUCAAGGAGUGCCAGAAGACUUUUUAGUUUCUGCAGCUGUUGCUGAGUUCAAAGGCCCACAAAUUUUUGGUGUGGUUCGAUUGGCUCAAGUGAGUAUGGAACUGGCUAGGAUUGAAGCCAGUUUUAGUGGUCUGUCACCUGGAAAACACGGUUGGUCAAUUAAUGAAUUUGGUGAUCUGACAAGAGGUGCUGCAAGUACAGGGAAAGUGUUUAAUCCAUCAAAUGAAGGAACUGCUAAACAGCCAGUUGGCGACCUGGGAACUCUUGAUGUGGAUAAGAACGGUGAGUCCUUUUACACUGGUGUCAAACAGCAGCUCAGGGUUGCUGAUCUCAUUGGGCGGUCAAUAGCUGUUUAUGAGACUGAAGAUAGAUCGGAUCCAGGUCUGACGGCUGCAGUGAUAGCCCGAAGUGCUGGGGUUGGUGAAAACUACAAGAAGAUAUGUGCAUGUGACGGUACCACCAUCUGGGAAGCAAGUGACAAAGAUUUUGUCACCAGUAAGGUCUAAGGAUUUGUCGAAGUUGGUAUAUGUACUUGUAUCCUUGGUACCAGGAUUCUUGUUCACAUAAUUUAUGAGCUCUAAGCUUCAAUGACAAUGGAAAAAGCUGUUUAAUCCAUAUAUAUAUAUAGAAGAUGUAUUGUGGCAGUGAUAUUAUGGUUGUUGACGAAAUGAACCUUUGUUGAGUUCAAAUGUCAA